AUGUGCAUCGACACACCGUCGAGCACGGCACUCACCCAGCCGGCGACAAUUGCAAUCCAUAUCCGUAUAACACAAGUAUCGACGGGCAAGAUUGCCUCGCAAACCGUCGAGGCUUCGAGACAGAGUUCACCACCGACGACAGCGACACGGAAUCUUCGACAUUUAGCUCCCAUAUGCACCGAGGCCUUGGAGCUUGUUGCCAUGCUGCUUCAACGGGUAGACAUGGCUGCCAGCACAUCCAAGCUCAUCACCACCACCACUAUCACCAACAAACCUCCAGCACAAGCCAUUGCAACUGCACAGCUCAAUCACCCUGCGUUGAGGGCUAUCCGCCCCGUCAUUCCUGUAACAGUCACGGCCACGUCCAGCAGCACAGGCACCAUCAUCACCACCAUCACCAGCAAUUAA